CAGUUUUAGACAUAAAGUUUCCCUUUUUCUUUUCUAAAUUGAUAUUGUGUUUAUUAAAUUACUACUAAAAGUGACCAGAAAAUGUAAAAUCCCCCAAAUUGAACAGCUUUAUUAUAAACCCUUGAAUGCCACAGAUAAUCAGGAUGAGAGGGGCAAGUGAACUAAAUUCAAAAUUGAUUGACUGGUUCAUAUUAAAAAAAAAAUGGCCCUGACAUUAACCAGUUGGUUAGCUCUCCACUGAUGAGUGCAAAGGUGGAUGUGACAUCACUGGCAGAGGAUGUGCUUGGGCCUUAGAGUUGCAGUUGAGUUGGAAUGUGAUAUUGAAUAGCAGUUAUUAACAUUUGUCAAAGCACCAUUUUGAAGAGAGGAUGCUAUGCAAUAGGAAGGGAAUACUGCAACAGAAAAGGAUGGAGCUGGGAACAGAGAGGGAGCAUCCCAUAUUAUUUGUUCAACAUCUCAUCUGUACUUGAAUGAAGAAUUUUGAUGGUGCCUGAAGGAAAGGUGGUAGUUCUGUCUUUUAGAUAUAUAGACUUGGAAAGUGACAACUUGUGCAGAUAUGACUUUGUGGAUGUUUACAAUGGUCAUGCCAAUGGACAACGCCUGGGCAGGUUCUGUGGUACUUUCAAACCAGGUGCCCUUGUGGCCAAUGGCAAUAAGAUGUUGGUACAAAUGAUUUCAGAUGCCAAUACAGCUGGAAAUGGAUUCAUUGCUAUGUUUUCUGCAGCAGAACCACAUGAAAGAGGGGAUCAGUACUGUGGUGGACGACUAGACAAGCCUUCUGGGUCCUUUAAAACUCCUAAUUGGCCAGAUCGCGAUUACCCAGCAGGAGUCACUUGCUCAUGGCAUAUUGUAGCCCCAAAGAAUCAGGUCAUAGAGUUAAAGUUUGAGAAGUUUGAUGUGGAGAGAGAUAACUACUGCAGAUAUGAUUUUGUGGCAGUGUUUAAUGGUGGGGAAAUCAAUGAUGCUAAAAGAAUUGGGAAAUACUGUGGAGACAGUCCACCUGCGCCCAUUAUAUCUGAACGAAAUGAGUUGCUCAUUCAGUUCUUGUCUGAUUUAAGUUUAACUGCUGAUGGCUUUAUUGGUCACUAUAAAUUCAGAGCCAAAAAGUUACCCACAACCACAGUUCCAGCUACGACCACUCCCCCUGCAACAGCAACUUUGAAACCUACAGUUGCCAUUUGCCAGCAAAAAUGUAGAAGGAAUGGGACUCUUGAGAGCAAUUACUGUUCAAGUAACUUUGUAAUAACGGGAACUGUUAUCACAGCAGUCACGCGGGGCGGCAGCUUACAUGCAACAAUAUCAAUCAUAAAUGUAUAUAAGGAAGGAAAUUUAGCAAUCCAGCAAGCAGGCAAGAAUAUGAGUGCCAAGAUCAUUGUUGUUUGUAAGCAGUGCCCUCUCAUCAGGAGAGGUCUAAACUACAUCAUCAUGGGCCAGCUAGAAGAAGAUGGCAGAGGUAAAGUCCUGCCCAGCAACUUUAUCAUGAGUUUCAAGACUAAGAACCAAAAGAUCCUGAACACCUUGAAAAACAAACGAUGUUAAAAUGUGAAUCCUGUACUUGCAUUCUGUCAUCGCUGUGUGAGGAACAAUUUCCAAACAGUAAAAAAUCAGGAAGAUAAAAUUGACCAUAACCAAAAAGAUCUUGUCAGUCUACUGUCCCUUACAUAUAACCAUGUAACUGGCACUGUCAAUUACAUAAAUAUAUAGAGGAGAAUAGAUCCCUAAUUUUAAACUGCAAGAUUUGCAGCAUAGCCAUCUGAUCUGAAGCAUACCAAAUUCUGACUCCUUUGAAGCUGUUAAUUUAUACUUGUCUCAGAAGGAUUUUUUUAGGAAUGAGUUAUGUGCAGAUGUAAAAUAAGAAUAAGUGCAAUAUUUAUAGUAAUUCAUUUUAACUUAGCUUUUUCUUCUAAAGUUGUUUUAUUAUAUGGGUUCUUGCAUUAUUAUCUAUGCUUAAUAAAAUAUUUUAAAACCUCACAAUA